GUGCCAGGGGUCGCCUGGCUCCCUGCGGUGUGAAUGCCUGCCGGGGUGGGCGGGGCCAGGCUGUGUCACGCCCACCACGCCCACUACUUUCCUCCACAACAGUUACGUGAAGCUGACCCUCUCCUUCACGCCCCUCGGCUACACCACCACCAUCUCCCUUAGGUUCAGGACGCGGAGGAGAGGAGGAAAACUGGUGGUGAUGACGUCACAACAUGGGCGGGACAUGUGGGCGGUGGAAAUGGUGGGCGGCCGCGUGUGUGUGGUGCUGCGUCUCCACCCGCGACCCACCACCUCCCUCUGUCUCUCCCGGGCCGCCCUCGCUGACGGCCGCUGGCACUCUCUCCUUGCUGCAAGGUACGGCUCUGCGGUCUUCCUGACGGCUGACGACGGCGACGGGGACCUGUACAACGCCUCGGUGGUGCUGGAGGGACGCCAGCUGCUGCAGGUGGACGGCCAGGAGGGCGUCCACGUGGGAGGCACGCCCGAGUAUGCUGGAGUCACCGUGUUCAGCAUACACAGAGACUAUCACAAUGGAUGUAUGGACGACCUGAGGAUCUCCGGGCGGAGGAUACCACUACCGCCAGCGAUCAACAGCACAGCCUGGGGUCAGGUCAGCGUGUUCCAGGGCGUCGAGCAAGGGUGUGGUGGUCCUCUUGCCUGUGCCAACGUCUCCUGCAGGUCCCCGCUCUCCUGCGUCGACACCUGGAGGUCCUACCAUUGCGGGUGUGGUGAGGGCCGGGCGCUGAGCAGUAGUGAGGAGACGUGUGAGGACGAGGACGAGUGUGUGUGGCGUCCUUGUCUUAACGGAGGCACCUGCUUCAACACCCAGCCAGGCUUCAUGUGUGCGUGUCCGGCUGGGUUCAGCGGACAACACUGUCACCUGCCAGACGUGGGGGAGACUUCACUAAAACUGCCGCUCGGGAUCCUGGUGACCAUUGUCGUCUGGUGCACAUUUCUCCUGCGAGAUAAAGUUCUCUGUGGGGAAGAACAAAGCAAGUUGGGAGCCAGGGAGGAUCCCCAGAAGAUACUAAUCCCACCACUGCACAUAAAAUUUGGGCUUAUGAAACAAGUUGUCACAGCGUUACAUAAGGAGUCAGGAGCCUUCGAGUUCCUGCAAGAUUUCACUCUAAAAAGUCUUAGGCAAAUGUCAAAGACGGAGUCUUCAUCAGACCAACAGAUAAAAAAAGAUCGUAGAGUACAAGAAAUUCCCCAAAGAAAGCCCCUAAGAAAGAAAUGGGUC